AUGUCAGGUCGCGGAAGAGGCGGGAGGGGUGUCGGAAAGGGAGGCCCUAAGCGCCACCGAAAGGUCCUCCAUGACGACAUUCACGGGAUCACGAAGGCAUCCAUUCGUCGCCUAGCUCGUCGUGGCGGCGUGAAAAGCAUCGCGAGUCUCGUCUACGAAGAGAUCCGUGGUGUGUUGAUGGUGUUUUUUGGAGAACGUGAUCCACGAUGCGGUCGCGUACACAGAACGCGCGAAACGCAGUACCGUGACUGUUGGCCACCACUUGUGAUUGUUGCUGGCGCUGCUCUUGCUGUUGUUGUUGAAACGCGUCGCGAAUGGUCCCUCACUUAUUCAUUAGUAUCUGCUGCUGCUACUACUACAGCUGCCGCUGGCGCUGCCGCCAGUUUGUGUGGAAAUUAG